AUGUCCAAUCAACUUCCUCUUCCUCCAUCGCCUCAAUCUCAGGCGCAACCGCCUGAAACGCCGCCAUGGAAUACUCCAUCUUCCAAAUGGUUCACUCCAAUCAACACACCAUGGAGAACAACACCAAGAAGCACACAAUCAAGUCCAGCUCCAACAACACCAGUACCUCUUACCGAAGUGAUUGUGUCCAAAUCACCUUUGUCUCAGAAGAGCCCUGCAACGCCUAAACUAAAUGGUAUGGAAUCUCAGCCUUUAAACGAUACAAUGAUUCUCUUGCAGCUAAGAACUACCCGGACGAAUCCAUGGAUAUGGUGUGGUGCAGCUUUGUGUUUUAUCUUCAGCAUACUUCUGAUAAUCUUUGGGAUCGCUACUUUGAUUCUCUUUUUCGCUGUCAGACCGAGAACCCCUGUUUUCGACAUCUCCAAUGCAAAACUCAGCACAAUCUACUUUGAGUCGCCGGUGUACUUCAAUGGUGAUAUGUUGUUGCUGGUGAAUUUCACCAACCCAAACAAGAAGCUAGAUGUGAGGUUUGAUGAAGUCUCCAUAGAGCUCUGGUUCUCCAACCAAAAGAUCGCUACACAACAUGUCUUGCCGUUUUCGCAAAGAAACCGCAAGACUAGGCUAGAACCGAUUCGGUUGAUCUCUAAUUUGGUCUUCCUGCCUGUAAAUCACAUAGUGGAGAUGAGAAGACAGGUGAUGACCAACCAGAUAUACUACGAAAUCAGAAGUGUCUUCAGAGUGAAAGCUGUUUUUGGGAUCAUACAUUAUUCUUAUUGGCUGCAUGGGAGUUGCCAGCUUCAAUUGAACAGUCCACCAACCGGUGGCCUAGUUUCUCGUAACUGCACCACAAAAAGAUGGUGA